AUGGUGAAGCUACAGUUGCCCAAUCCUGGCCUGGAUGACAGGAUACCUUCCCAUUCAGAACUUGAGGUCCUUGAGAAAGAAGAGGCAGACUCCAGACCAAAAUGGGAUAACAAGGCUCAGUAUAUGCUGACAUGCAUAGGGUUUUGUGUGGGCUUAGGAAAUGUGUGGCGGUUUCCAUAUCUCUGUCAGAGCCACGGAGGAGGAGCCUUCAUGAUCCCUUUCCUGAUUUUGCUAGUCCUGGAGGGUAUCCCCCUGCUUCAUCUUGAGUUUGCCAUUGGGCAAAGGCUGCGGAAAGGCAGUGUGGGUGUCUGGAGCUCUAUCCACCCUACCCUGAAAGGAGUUGGCAUAGCAGCAAUGUUUGUAUCCUUCCUGGUGGGGUUAUAUUAUAACACUAUUAUUGCCUGGGUAAUGUGGUAUUUCUUCAACUCUUUCCAAAAUCCCCUGCCUUGGAGUAGCUGUCCUCUCAAUGACAACAGAACAGAUUACAUUGAAGAGUGUGCCAGCAGCUCUCCUGUAGAUUACUUCUGGUACAGAGAAACAUUAAACAUCUCCACUUCCAUUGACAAUUCAGGCACGAUACAAUGGUGGCUUUUGCUAUGUUUGACAUGUGCAUGGGGCGUACUGUACGUGUGCAUAAUCAGAGGCAUCGAAACAACAGGAAAGGCUGUGUAUAUAACAUCGAUUCUUCCAUACGUUGUUCUUACCAUUUUUCUUAUCCGCGGCUUGACGCUGAAAGGAUCAACCAGCGGAAUUGUGUAUCUCUUCACCCCUAAUGUUACUGAGCUGGCUAACCCAGUGACGUGGCUGGAUGCAGGUGCUCAAGUGUUUUACUCUUUCUCCCUGGCCUUUGGAGGCCUCAUUUCGUUCUCCAGUUACAACUCUGUUCACAAUAACUGUGAGAAAGAUGCUCUGAUUAUCUCAGUGAUCAAUGGUUUCACAUCCAUCUAUGCAGCAACUGUCAUAUACUCCAUCAUAGGAUUCAGAGCCACAGAAAGAUACGAUGACUGUUUUGACACAAAUAUUCUUACUCUGAUAAAUGCAUUUGAUUUACCAGAAGGUAAUGUAACGCAAGAUAACUUUGAACAAAUGCAGCAGUUGUGUAACAUAACUGAUCCAACGCUUUUCGCAAGCCUGAAGUUUGAAACCUGUGAUCUUGAAAGUUUCCUGAACGAUGGAGUUGAAGGAACCGGCCUAGCCUUCAUUGUCUUCACUGAAGCUAUCACCAAAAUGCCUGUCUCACCUCUGUGGUCCAUUCUCUUUUUCAUCAUGCUUUUCUGCUUGGGUUUGUCAUCUAUGUUUGGAAACAUGGAAGGGGUGCUUGUACCUUUACAAGAUCUCGAGAUUAUACCCCCCAAAGUGCCUAAAGAACUUGUUACUGGUCUCGUUUGUUUGGGGUCUUAUUUGUUAGCUUUUAUUUUUGUGCUGAACUCUGGUAAUUACUGGCUGACUCUAUUUGACAGUUUUGCUGGCUCAAUUCCCUUGCUAAUAAUUGCAUUUUUUGAGAUGUUUUCAGUCGUCUACAUUUAUGGAAUAAACAGGUUUAACAAGGAUAUUGAGUUCAUGAUUGGCCACAAGCCCAAUAUUUUCUGGCAGAUUACCUGGAGAGUUGUCAGUCCUCUCAUUAUGGUAGUUAUCUUCUUCUUUUAUUUUGUGGUGAAAGUCAGAGAAGACCCAACCUACAAUGUCUGGGACCCUAGCUAUGAGGAAUUCCCCAGAACAGAGAAGACUGAAUAUCCCGACUGGGUAUAUGCUGUUAUUGUAAUCCUCGCUGGAGUGCCUAGUUUGGUCAUCCCUGUCUUUAUUAUCUACAAAGCCAUCAGAAACUGCUGUCAGAAAAGAAGUGAUAAUAUGGGCCUUAUAGCCUCUACAUCUGAGACUUCUGUUAAUGGAAAUGUAAAGUCUUCAGCAUGA